AUGUCACAGCCCAAUCCCGAUGAACGCAUUCAAGUCGAUACAAGCGAUGACGACUCCCUCUUCGACACAAACUCCCUCCUGAGCUCCAACCUCUCCUUCGCCUCCUCAGUCCGUGACUACUGCUACGAAAAUGGCCGUCGCUACCACGCCUACCGACCAGGCCAAUACCCAAUCCCCAACGACGAAGAAGAACAAGACCGCCUAGCCCUCAUGCACCACCUCUUCCGCCUCCUGACCGGCGGCGAUCUCCACCGCGCCCCAAUCACCGGUCCCGCCAACACCAUCACGCCGCAGCGCGUCCUGGACGUCGGCACCGGCACGGGCGAAUGGGCCAUCGAAAUGGCCGAGACCUACCCCAACACCGAAAUCAUCGGCACCGACCUCUCGCCCAUUCAGCCGAACUGGGCGCCGCCCAACGUGCGCUUCUUCAUUGACGACGCGGAGAGCGAGUGGGCCUUUGGGCCGACGGAGAAAUUCGAUUACGUGCAUGCGCGCAGCAUGUGCGGCGGCAUUGCGGACUGGCCGCGGUUUCUGAAGCAGGGGUUUGCGUCGUUGAAGCCCGGGGGCUGGUUUGAGGUGCAGGAGUUUGAUUGCUGUGUGCGGUCGGAUGAUGGGACGCAUGAGCAGGCCGAGAGUUUCAAGUAUUGGAUGUCGUUGCUGGUGCAGGGGAGUCUGAAGCAUGGGCGGUCGGUGAGUGUGGCCAAGUCGUUUGGGCCGUGGAUGGUGGAGGCCGGGUUUGAAAAUGUGACGGAUGAUAUUUACAAGUGUCCGGUUGGCGGAUGGGCCAAGAAUCGCCGGCUAAAGGAGAUUGGUCGCGUGGGCAGAGUGACGGUCUUGGAGGGUCUGGAGCCUUACUCGCUGGCGCUGUUUACGCGCUAUAUGGGAUUUACAUACCAGGAAGCGCAGGAGCUCAUGGAAAAGGUGCGAGCUGAGAUUUUGAACCCCGCGUAUCAUCUCUAUAUACACUUCCACUACGUGUAUGGGCAACGGCCUCUGGAGAAUGACCAUGGGACCGAUACACCGUGA